AGCGCUAUUUAGCAGCAUAUAUUUAGAACGUAUUGUAUGGUACAUGUUACACGAUUUAAGAAUAGAAAUCUUGUUCGAAUCGUCAAUGUGAAAGUUCCCCAGAAUAAAACGAAGCGGGUUUUGAAUCAAACAAUUUCUCCUCCAUCGAUUGAAGAUGCGAAAAACGUAGAAAGAAAGGGGUUGUGAAAGUGGAAGUACGCAGGCGUCAGUUUAAUCAAAACGAAAUAUGCUGUAGGUGCAAUAGCGAUACCACCAAGCAAGUAAUACUUUUGUCUUAGUGAUUAGUUGAAUUUAUAUUAUACCAACUUCUAAUUCAUCAUGGAAACAGAAAAUAUGAACAUUUUUGAUAAACUUGGGGUGGUGUGCACGUUUAUAGUGGGGUUCCAGAUUAUUAGAUGUAUGACACGAAUUUUAUAUAACAAUUUUAUUGCUCCAGCUUUACAAAUCAAUGGAAUUAACAUUAAGGACACGGGGAAAUGGGCAGUUGUAACCGGGGCAACAGAUGGUAUAGGAAAGGCAUAUGCCCAACUUCUGGCGAGCAAAGGUUUAAAUAUUGUCUUGAUCAGUAGGAGCCAAUCCAAACUCGAGGAUGUUGCUAAGGAAAUAGAGAAGGAGAACAACGUGGAAACCAAAAUAAUAGCAGCCAACUUUACGGACACAACCCAAAUUUAUUACGAAAUAGACAAACAGUUACUAGGAUUAGACAUAGGAGUUCUGAUCAACAACGUCGGUAUGAGCUACCCAUACCCAGAAUAUUUCCUGGACCUGAAAAACGCCAAUGACUUAUACAAAAACAUAAUAAACUGUAACAUAUUCUCCGUUACGAACAUGUGCAAAAUCGUAAUGCCGGGCAUGGUGGAACGGCGUCGAGGCGUUGUCGUAAACGUUUCGUCAACAUCUGCACAAGUACCAAGCCCGCUUUUAACAGUAUACGGCGCCUCGAAAGCCUUCGUUGAUAAAUUUUCGACGGACCUUUCAGCAGAAUAUUCAAAAUACGGCAUAAUCGUUCAAUGUUUACUGCCUGGUUACGUAGCAACCAAUAUGUCUAAAAUCAGGACGGAGACGUGGAUGGCACCCUUCCCACUUAAAUAUGUUAAAGAAGCGAUGAAAACUAUAGGCAUAAGAGAAAGAACUACAGGCUAUUUUCCUCAUUCCGUGAUGGCUGGUGUGAUCCAUGCUUUAGACAGCUUGUCGCCGCGACUGUCGCGAUGGUUGAUCAUCAGGACGAUGACCAAUAUAAGGGCCAGAGCUCUUAGAAGAUCCACCCACUGAUUUCUGAAUGUUUUAUUUUUAUUUAUUGCACUUAUUAAAAAUGGUGUGUUCUAUGUUGAAUUGUUAUUGUUAUACACGUAAGGAAAUAAUUUUUAAUUUAGUCAAAUACCUUUAUAAGUCAAUUGUGUUAUAAUUUACAUUAAUAUAGUGUUUUAUACAUGUCACAAUUGUCACAACUCAUUUUUAAAUACUGUACAAAUAAAAAAAGUUUUUUAAUGUCAA